AGCUAGGCUGGUGCCGACGGGGGCGGGUAGUGCUCCUGCAAAGAGCUCUGGGUGGCUGGACUCUGACUCGGAGCCAUAUUGUCCCAUCCCCGUGCGGCCAGGGAAGGGGAGAUAGCAGAGGGCUGAUCCCAGCCGUGCUUCGGCGCCAGGGGGAACGGGCCUGGCCUGAGCCAAGCGCUGUCUCCAGCGUAGGGGCCGCUCCCCUUAUGUAAGCGGGGCAGGGCGGCGUUUAGCUGUAGGGGGGGGCGGCUCGUCUGAGCGGGAAACUUCCGGCGUGUCCCCGGCUGCAUCGCGGCAGCGGCGGGAUUAAACCGGGCUGCAGCGGCCGCAGCUCUCCCCGGCUUGCGGUGCAGCCGCACCGACUCUCGGCCGACUCCGGGCAGCGCCCUCCCGCGGCGGCGGCGGCAUGUCCGGCGGCGGGCGGCUCGCGGGCCGGGUGUGCCUGGUGACCGGCGCCUCGCGGGGCCUCGGGAAGGGCAUCGCGCUGCAGCUGUCGGAGGCGGGCGCCACCGUGUACAUCACGGCCCGGCAGCGGGAGCCGCUGCUCCGGGCGGCGGAGGAGGUGUCGGCCCGGGGCGGGCGCUGCGUGCCCGUGGUGUGCGACUCGUCGCAGGAGGAGGAGGUGGCGGCGCUGUUCGAGCGGCUGCAGCAGGCGGAGGGCGGGCGGCUGGACGUGCUGGUGGCCAACGCCUUCUCCGGGGUGGAUGCCAUCGCCGCCCAGCAGUGGCUGCCCUUCUGGGAGAGCCCGGCCGCCCUCUGGGACCAGAUCAACAAUGCGGGCCUGCGGGGCCACUACCUCUGCGCCCACUAUGCCGCCCGCCUCAUGGUGCCGGCCGGGCACGGCCUCAUCGUCAUCGUCUCCUCGCCCGGCGGCCUGCGCUACAUGUUCAACGUGCCCUAUGGCGUGGGUAAGGCUGCCUGCGACCGCCUGGCUGCCGACUGUGCCAUCGAGCUGCGCCCCUACAGCGUGGCCUGCGUGACACUGUGGCCCGGCCUCGUCCGCACUGAGGCGGUGCUGAAGGAGGCCGAGGGUUCAGGCCCGUGGACCGUGCCGCUGCAGAAGAUGAUUGGCAAUUCUGAGAGCCCCGAAGUGAGCGGCAAGUGCGUGGUGGGCCUGGCGUCCGAUCCUGCCAUCAUGUGCCACAGCGGCAAGGUGCUGCUCACCCCAGACCUCGCUCGCCGCUACCGCUUCCGUGAUGUGGAUGGGAGACCCGUCUACAACUACGUAUCGGUGCGCAAUAUUCUCGUGAUGCUGAUGCCACGGCUGACCUGCCUCUUCCGCCUCAUCCCAGAGUGCGUCAGCAUACCCAAAUGGGCUCUUUCACUUUACUCCAGCAAAUUCAGUGUCUACCCACCCCUGCAACCAGCCCCCAAACCUCGAAAAAAUGUUUGAUAAAUUAAUAAUAAAAAAUGUGCCCAUGAUGUUUUUUAAUUUUCUGUUUCUUCGUUGCUUUCUGAAAAUGUGUCUUGGGGUUGAAACUUUCUCCUCUGGUGCCCAGCGAGUUUUCAAAAAUCCUCAAAGCUGGCUUUCCCCAGAGCUUAUUCCUUUUUGGUGAGGAACACUCCCUGAUUUAGAUAUUCAUUUUAAGGUGGUGUUUAUAAUCUCUUCCUCUGGGGAUGAAGGGUUUGGCUGAGUGUUUCAGUGAGCCUUUGAAAUCGUCCUUGAAGUUUUGCAAUAAUUCCUGCCUUCGUUUGCUCCCCAUGGCCAAAGAGCAGCUAUUCAUGCUAGUUCCCCAUAAUGUAAAGACUAUAGAAUCUUUAUUUAGUGUACAACCGCUUAUCCAUUUCCUGGAAAAUUUUAAAUUCAGAUUUAAUCCUUUGCUGUAUAGGAGUUUCUCAUUAGAAUGCUUUGGAUACCCAUAGAUUUUGGAACAAAUUUAUCAGCUGUAACCCACAUGGUUCCAGGACAUCUUGGUUUAGCAGAGGAGUUCUUACAGUACAUAAUAAAACGGGGAUUAUGUCCUGGUUUCAGUAUAAUUGGCUGAUUGACCUUUUUACUGCCCCACAGUCCCAAUAUUAGACCCUGAUGCAUCUUCCAGGUGUAGGCAGUUAUGAUAAAAGGAAAUGUCAUUUACUGUAAAAUUUAUUCUGGUGAUGCUACGACCUGAUGUCUGAGUUUGAGAUUGCAGUUUUACUCAGAAAAGUGACUGGAAAAAAUAGUAUUGUGGGAGUUUUAUUUGUGUCUCAAUUUUUUUUAUUCAAAUACUCAGUUUACAGAUAAAGUUCUGCUUUAUGUUUUAAUAACUCCUACCACUGUAAACUCAAUCUGAGAAUUAAGCGCUAAACUGUAUUUAUCAGCUUUCAACUGGAAUAAAGUUUCUGCAAAUCAAA